AUGCCUAUGCUCUUCAAAAAAGUAGUUAACGCAGUUAUUGAUGUUUAUGAGAUUAUCUAUCCCCACUUCGUUGACACAUCCAUUGCUGUAGCUACAUCCAAAGGAUUAGUGGUACCAGUUCUGUGUAAUGUUGAGUUAAUAAACUAUGCCCAGAUUGAAAAUGAGUUAGCAGCACUCGAAGAAAAGGACAGGAAUAAUAGACUAGCUUUAGGUAUGGAUGAAGGCACAUUUACUAUUUCGAGUGGUGGAGUUUUCGGAUCGGUCUAUGGCAGGCCAGAGAUCAACCCAUACCAGAGCGCUAUCCUAGGAAUACAUGGAAUUUUCGAUAGACCUGUUGCUAUAAAUGGAAAGGUAAAGGGUGGUGGAUAUCGAGCGGAGAUGCAGGGGGAAUGGGAGGGAGGGGAAUCUAACUCUAACACGCAUAAGAAACAGUCACAACGAUACUGCGAAAAAGAUAAUUUCGGCGAUAACGUGGAAGGAGGAAGGAAGGAGGACGGAGGAUGGGUCGGAAGGGAUAACCGACACGAUUUGCAAAAAAGGAAGGACAUAAGCCGGAGCACAGCGGAAGCGAUUUUUACCCGUCUGACAUCGAGGGAUCGGAAGGACGGAGGGUUGGAGGGAGGGAAUUCCUCUUCUCCGGAGGUUAUAGCCGACGCUGAACUCAGAGCUAUCAGACUCAAGCGGAUACAAGAGCAAUUCAAUGACUUUGAUUCCGAUGUGUCGCCAAUAUCGCCCCCGAAACGUCGCAAAUAUACGGAUAGGGAAGUUAAUAAGUUUCAAAUGGAGGUUCUAAAAGAAGAAAGAGCACUGAUAGCCAAAAAAUCACUUUUUUGGAUAAGCAACUGGAACUGCUUGGCGAAAUGAAAGAAAUGAUUAGUGAAACCCUGCAAACCUUACGUGGAAAAACGAAAGUGAAGAAAUUAACAAAGCAAAUAGAGCCUUGGAAUCCCUCAGUUGGGGAUCCCAACAUAGCUGAAUCCGUAGAGUCCACAGAUCUUUAAGUAUCAUACGCU